AAAACCCGAAAGAGUCGCCGUUUCAACUAGCCGUAAGAGCCAUCUCAUUAUGACUCGAGCCUGAGCGUCUGCUUUGGAGACGAUGCAGUCCCUCCAUAAACGGCAAGCUCAAACCCCUAUCCGCCGACUGGCUCGGCAGUGCCCGUGGGAAGACACGAUCGCGGCCACUUUACACGUCGUGGCCAUUGGCCAACAGCGAGCUGGGCGUCCGGCGUCAUAUCUCAUCCAAACGACGACCACCAUGCCCGUCGGUAUCGAAGCAUGGAUUACACAGAUCCCUCCUAUAACAAGAUGCUGGCUGGCUCUAGCUGUGUUCUCUAGUCUGGCUGUGCAAUGUCAAAUCGUUACACCCCUGCAAUUGUACCAUAGCUGGAAGAUCACAUUCCUGAAUGGACAGCCAUGGCGGGCAAUAACCAAUUUCUUCUACUUUGGACCGCUGUCUCUGGACUUUGUCUUCCACCUGUUCUUCUUUAUGAGAUACAGCAGAAUGCUGGAAGAAUCAUCCUUCGCAAACCGUAAAGCCGACUACUUUUGGAUGCUCUUCCUCUCCGCUAUCAUGCUUCUCGGAAUCUCUCCGCUAUUCAACCUCCCCUUCCUCUCUUCACCGCUCGCCUUUGUCCCAAUCUACGUCUGGUCCAGGCGACACCCUUCAACACCCAUAUCCCUCUUCGGUCUAAUCACCAUCUCAGCACCCUACCUUCCCAUCGCACUUGUAGGCUUCUCUUGGAUCCUCCAUGGUACAUGGAAAGCAGCAGCUGGCGACUUGCUUGGAUGUGCAGUGGGACAUGUCGGGUGGUUUAUGAGGGACGUAUGGUCGAGGGAGAUGAUUGGUGGCCCUACUAUCUUUAGCCAUGCGCCAGUGAGGGUGUACGUGCCGUUCGUUCCUUCUGGUAGUGUGCGGACUAUUGACUUUGACUUUAUAGAAGGAGCUCCCAUUGGGUUUUUCGAGCAUGCACCUUUCUCUGCAAAUCAAAGGCAAUUUGCAGCCGGUGGCAAGAAGUAG